AUGGCUUUCAGCUUCGGGUUCUCGGGCGACGAUAUAGAGCGAGAUCCGAAUGAUGUGGGCGACUCAACACACCAGGUGGAUUUCGAAGGCGGUGACGAUGCAGCGCCGAGUCUUGUGCCGGCGAGGGUUUGGGGGUGGGAUGAAUUGCUCUCAACCCUUCCCUCCAAAAUCUCCUACUCCACAAUAACCCUCACCACACCCCGCGGCCACACCGCCCGCCUGCCGCGCCGCGAACUCUUCGAUGUGCGCUUGCAACUCAUGGCCGAAGACGACAACACGUCGGCUGCGCCGCUCUUGGGCCUCUCCGAGUCGGAUCUGGCGCCGAAUGUGUAUGAGGGCGGGUUUAAGACUUGGGAGUGUAGUCUGGAUCUUGCGAGGUGGUUUUUAGAGAGGGUUGAGGGGAGGGAGGAGGAAGAAAACAAGGAGGAGAAUGAGCAGACAAUCGACCCAACCCGAGCAUCCCACAUUAUAGAAAUCGGCUGUGGUUCCGCACUCCCUAGCCUCGUCCUCUUCCAACACGCACUCCACCACCACCGACCCUGCCACUUCACACUCACGGAUUACAACGCCGACGUCCUACGUCUCGUCACGCUGCCAAACCUCCUCCUGUCGUGGCUCGCUACACUCGACGAGCCGCAGAGUAAGGCGAUUCUCGGUGAGGAGGAGGUGAAUCCUUUGAUUUCCAGGUUGGAAAUGGAUACGACGACGAUGCAAGCAAACACAAGCAGACAUCAAGACGAAGACGCAGACGCAGGCGACGUCUAUCUUACACCCAACUUACUCUCAGCUUUCCAUUUGUACCUCUCACACGCUGCCAUCUCUUUGACUUUUAUAUCCGGUUCCUGGCUCCCAACUACCACAUUCCUCUCUUUAAUUCCCUCGCCUUCCCCAUAUCACAAUACACACCCACACCCGCCCUCCCCCCAAACCCUCAUCCUCGCCUCCGAAACAAUCUACAGCCCGCCCAGCCUCCGCGCCUUUGCGCAAACCAUCACUGCACUGAUGCGACGCGCGCGCCCUACGAAAACGGUAGUGGCGGCCAAGAAGGUGUAUUUUGGGGUUGGGGGGAGUGUGGAUGAGUUUAGGGAGGUUGUGGUGGGGUUGGGGGGCGUGGUGAGGGAUGUUGGUGGGGGGGUUGAUGGAGGGGGUGAGGGAGUACGGAGGUGGAUUGGGGAGGUGUGGGUGCGGGAGGGGGAAUGA